UUUCAUUGUUUAGAGGUUAUGUUAUUGCAGUUGCCCAAAAUCAUGACAGAUCAACAGGUUGCUCAAUUUCGCUGAAAUCAACGGAUGGAAAUUUAUCUAUAUUAAAGGUGUUUUCUGUGAUUUUCGCUGCAAUUUACACUGCCAGAUGGACAUGUGUGACACAAACGUGGCCAACAGGAGCCUAGACAGCUUUCUGGCGGACGAAUUGGCUCCAUUCUCCAUGAGAGAGCUUUCCGGCGGCGAGCGUUCGCCAUCACCCAUCGAGAGCACGCCAAAUACUUCACUGGACAGCCCAUCACACUUCCAGGAACUUUCUUUUGAUUCGCCAGACGCCAAGACGUCUCUUCAGGCAGACUGUGAUAUCAGCUUCGUCUCGAUUGAGGACGUGGAUGCGUGCAUAACGCCGCGGCCAAAUUCCAGGGAGCGACAGGAGAGUCUAGAGACCAUCUUUGAGGACGUGCUUUUGGACACACCGCCUCGGAAGCAUCAACACACUUCUCUCAUACGCAAGAUGGUGCAUCGGAAGUUCCUGGAGCACAGCCCCGAAGGAUAUCCCAACAAUUCUCCGGAUUCACCCACAGGAUCUCCUCUCCGGAAGAGACUGAAGGACAAAUGAAUCGACAACACUGUGAAGUGCAGGAUUUUGAUUUGGUGAAUUCUUUUAAUUUGGCAUAGUUUUUUUUUGUUUAAAAACAAAGAGCAUAACCUCACAUGUGGAAAAAUGCUUCCCGGCUGACUGAACUCAGUACUGAAUAAUAUACAAAUGCUCUCUUGGUAAUUAAGAAUUUUGUAGAUGAAAACUAUUGAAUUUGUGUAAAAUCAUUUUAUUUGUAUGCUUCAAUGCCAUACUUUGUGAAU